CGCACGCGCAAGCGUCCUGGCAGAGCGCAAGCAAGCCCGGGCCGGCGCGGGGCCUUGUGGGAGGGCUUAAGGAAGUAAAAUGGCGGACCUGGCGAACGAAGAAAAGCCUGCCAUUGCUCGGCCCGUCUUUGUGUUUCAGAAGGAUAAAGGACAAAAGUCCUCUGCAGAGCAAAAAAACUUGUCGGAUUCAGGAGAGGAGCCUCAAGGGGAGGCUGAGGCUCCCCACCAUGGCAUGGGUCACCCCGAGUCAGCUGGCCAGCGUGCCCUAGAACCUCCUGUCCCCGCUAGCACUUCAGCCAGCACUCUUCCACCUCCCGCUCCUGAAGCCCAGCCUUCUUUUCUGCGAAAACUGUCAGGGAGGUCAGCGGGAGGCUCCAGUCCAGAAGCAGGAGAAGAUUCCGACAGAGAAGAUGGAAAUUAUUGCCCUCCUAUCAAGCGAGAAAGAACAUCAUCUUUAACACAGCUAGCACCCUCACAGUCAGAGGAAAAGAGUAGCGGGUUCCGAUUGAAGCCACCAACACUGAUCCAUGGCCAGGCACCCAGUGCAGGUCUGCCAAGCCAGAAGCCUAAGGAACAGCAGCGCAGUGUACUCCGCCCAGCCGUGUUGCAGGCCCCACAGCCCAAGGUGCUGGCACAGACCGUCCCCAGCAGCGGCACCAACGGCGUCAGCAUCCCAGCAGAUUGCAUGGGGGCCACGACAUCAUCGUCACCAGAAAACCCUGCACAGCGAAGUCCUGAGGCUGCUGAUGAGGCGCUCACACUUGAGAAGAAAGAACCCCGGAGGAACGAGUGUAGCGAUGCUUCUGAGGAGGAGAGCUAUGAGAGAACAGAGGAGGGUGCGCGACAGGCAUUUGUGUUCGGGCAGAACUUGAGGGACAGGGUGAAGCUAAUGAGCGAAAAUACUGACACUGCUGAUGUGGAGAACACAGGACACCCCAGCUCCGAAGCGCCAACCGCCACCAACUAUUUCCUCCAGUACAUCAGCUCCAGUGCAGAGAACUCAGCCAACAAUGCCGAUGCCUCCAGCAACAAGUUCGUGUUUGGUCAGAACAUGAGUGAACGUGUGUUGAGCCCCCCCAAAUUAAAUGAGUUCAGCUCAGAUGCCAGCAGGGAAAACACGGCUGUUGAGUCGGGAUCCGAGUCCUCCUCCCAGGAGGCCACCCCUGAGAAAGCCAAUAACAUUUCAGAGUCGUUGGCCGAGUCGGCGGCCGCCUACACCAAGGCUACAGCGCGCAAGUGUCUGCUGGAGAAGGUGGAGGUCAUCACCGGCGAGGAGGCGGAGAGCAAUGUGCUGCAGAUCCAGUGUAAGCUGUUUGUCUUCGACAAGACCUCACAGUCAUGGGUAGAGCGAGGCCGGGGACUACUCAGACUCAACGACAUGGCAUCAACUGAGGAUGGGACACUACAGUCCCGGCUAGUGAUGCGGACCCAGGGGAGCCUGCGGCUAAUCCUCAACACCAAGCUGUGGGCCCAGAUGCAGAUUGACAAGGCCAGUGAGAAGAGCAUCCGCAUCACGGCCAUGGACACUGAGGACCAGGGCGUGAAGGUCUUCCUAAUCUCGGCCAGCUCCAAGGACACUGGCCAGCUGUAUGCAGCCCUGCACCACCGAAUCCUGGCCCUGCGCAGCCGCGUGGAGCAGGAACAAGAGGCCCAGGCCCCUGUGCCUGAGCCCGGAGCCCCAUCCAACGAGGAGGACAGCGAUGAUGACCUGCUGGCCCCCUCAGGAGCCCCCGGAGCCAGUGCAGGUGAAGAGGGGGACAAGCAGGUGCCUGGGAGCACAUAGCGGGCGGAAGUGCCACGCACAGAGGCUGCUGCUUUGGUGUCUGUGGCCGCCUACCCUCCUGCAGGCAGCGUCAGCUGGGGUGGAACCACAGCCUGGAUCCCCACGCCCGUUCCAAAGCAGACUCGGGAGCUGCCUGGAUGUGGCUUGGGACAUGAGACCUCAUCAUAUUGAUGAGCAAAAACAAACGCUCCUCCCCACCCCAAUCAAAAUGGCACAUUAAGACUUGUCACGGCUUCUAAGUGGGACUGGAGACCUCGUUUCUUCACCUGUGUGUCGAGCCUCUGGGCCUCCCCACCGCGUGCCCUCCCUCAUGGGUCCCCACUGCACUCUGGGACUCCCUCUAGCGUCAAUACUGGGCCCUGGACGCUGUUUACUACUCUCUUUGUUCCUGUUUCCCAUCUUCUGACUUGGGGUUUAUAUUUUACAGAUUUUUUUUUUUUUUAAUGUCCAAAGGCUUUGGUUUUGGUUUCUUGGAUUGUGAUGCUCUAGUGUGCUGGGCAGGCACAGCCCUGGGCCACCACUCUGUCCACCCAGUUCCUCCAGGCUGAGUCGUGGGUGCUGAAGGCUUGGGCUGUCUUGGGCCUGGCCCUGGAGAGUGCUCCCGAUGAAGAUCACAGGACUUGGAAGGGCACCCAGGGGCCCUGCC